AUGACACUCUUCGACGGCGUCUAUCCUUUUUACCCCCAGCAGAGGAAACCAGUUGUGUUCGAUGUCGAUCUUAUCAUCGUAAUCAUUGUCUUUUUGGUCAUCGCCUUCAGCUUUCUGCUUAUCUUGCCUGGAAUUCGGGGCAGAGCGAGGCUUUUCUGGCUUCUCCGGGUCAUCACAAGCCUUUUCAUCGGAGGGGUGAUUGUUGCUGUUCAGUUCACCUCUGACUGGGAGAGCGGGCGGGUGACUGCCAACACCACCUACAAGUCUUUCAGUCCUGAUGUGGUAUAUGCAGAUGUUGGUGUUCACAUCGGCUUGGCGGGAGUCAACAUCACGCUGCUUGGGAAACCCGUGGGGCAGCUCAAUGAAACCAUCAACUACAACGAGCAUUUUUCCUGGUUGUUCGGGAAAGACUACGAUCAUGAGUUUCAGGAAGGCUUGGAGAGAGGGCUGCCCAACCCUAUCCUCUAUGCGGCGGAGAAGUUCAGCACGCUCAGCCCCUGUGGCAUGCACGGCCAGUACAGGAUCGCGGGACACUAUGCAUCGGCUACCCUGUGGGUUGCCUUCUGUGCAUGGCUCAUCUCCAACAUGUUGUUCUCUAUGCCGGUCCCCGAGUAUGGCGGCUACAUGAUGCUGGUGACGGCGGCCUUUCUGAUCUUUGCGCUCCUCUCCUUCUCCACCGUGAGGAGCUCUUCAUCGUGUGUGAUCCACUUUGGCUCCGCCUCCUUGCAGGCUGUCUACGGGUCAUCUUUCUGGCUAACGCUCGCCACAGGACUUCUCUGCUUCCUGAUCGGAGCCGUGGUCAUACUGCUGCACUAUGUCCGCCCCGACCUCUUGAGGGCUAUCUUCGACCUAUGCGAGGAGGACGAGGAAGAGGAAGGGACGCUGGGGGAAGUGUACAUCAACCCCCACUUGGCAGAAAUCAAGACCCUUUCUUCCCAGCCCCAUUUCAAACUGACCAUCAAGAACAGCUAA